AUGGCUGCACAAAUUGGCAAAGGCAGCCAAGCGGCUUUAGUGUUGCUGUUUGUAUGGAUUACCCUAUUAGGAACUGCAUCUUCCCAGCGCCAGAAGCAGCCCAGCCUUCAGAUUCUGCCCGCAUCGUCCGUGCAGCGCAAACCGGUCGGACAUUCGCUGCUGCUGACCUGCCGCCCGGAUGUUCCGGACACCAAUCUGAUCUCGGAUCUCAGAUGGAACGACAACCGCAAUAUGACUAUCCUGCCGAAGCCGAUGAACUCUUACUAUCCUCUGUACGAUUCGAAAGGUCGUAAGCUUCCAACGAAGACGGGCCCGUCGUCGCCGGUGAUCUACACGGAAUCGAUUGCGGGCGGUUCGGCGCUGGCACUAAUCUUCAACUCGCUCCAGGAAUCGAUGGCCGGCACGUACUUCUGCGCGGCGUCCUACUCCGUCACCGAGAAGCUGAACGCGGCCGUCGUGGUCGAAACGUACGUUGCCAUCACCUGGAAGGAUGCACCCACCGAUCAGCGCCCCCUUUCGGGCACGGACUACAUCGUACGCUGCGAGGUAACGGCAAACCCGCCGGCAACUGUCGAUUGGCUUCGCAACGGAGACCAGAUUAAAUCCAGCGGGCGGUAUGUAAUCGAAAACCGGGGACUGCUAAUCAAGAACAUCACCGAAGCGGACGAUGGGCAGUAUACGUGCCGGGCCGCCGUGAUGGCGACGGGUGAACUAAGGAACCGUGAGAUAAGAGUCGAGGUACAGAUCAUGCCCCAAGUGCAGCCGCUGCCGCUCGUGAUGGACGCCGUCGAGGGCCAAUCGUUCUCGGUGAUGUGCAACGCUACCGGCAAACCGGUACCGGAGUUCCAGUGGAUUAAGCGAGGCACCCAGCAGGACGCGGCCGACUUAGAUAGGUUUUCCGUCAAUGCCAUCACCGGCCAGCUUGACAUCAGCAACGUGCAGCAGCAGGACCACGACAGCUACGCCUGUAUCGCUCGCAAUCCCGCCGGCCAGUCCGACUCCGUCACAAAGCUGAACGUACUGAUCCGCCCGAAAAUCAUCGAAUUCAUCAACAUCACCGUCUCGGAGAACGAGGAGGCGGUGUUAGUGUGCAAAGCAUUCGGACGGCCCGCACCCGAAAUCACCUACCGUCGGUACGGUUCCGUUGAGGAGUAUUCGAUCGGCCUCCAGGUCAGCGACGAUCGCAUCAUCCUGGAGCAGACGACCGACGAAGAGAAGGGCGAAACGGCUGGCACGCUGCGCAUUUCCAGGCUGGCCACCACCGACGACGGCCUGUACGAGUGUAUCGCGCGCAAUCGGGGCGACGUGGCGUUCAAGGUAGGCCACAUCACGGUCGAGUACCGACCGAUCUUCGACCACAUGAAAGCACUGCCGCCCGUGUACACCUGGGAGGAACGACCGGCCAAUCUGAGCUGCUUCGCCCAGGCCAUCCCGAACGCUACGAUCGAGUGGCGCUGGAAUGAUCGGCGCGUCCAGGACCUGAACGAUCUGAACAUGCGCAUCGAAGAUCACGGAUUGCGCAGCGAUCUGAUCAUCACACCGCGCGACCGACGCUACUUCACGGCGUACAAAUGCGUCGCGCGGAACAAGCUGGGAAGUGCCGAGCACGUGAUGGAGCUGCGGGAGGCCCGCAUCCCGGAAAUGGUAGCGCAGGCAAAACCGCGCAUCGUCAGCGCGACCUCGAUCACGUUCGACAUUAUGGCGCCACCGGUCGAACCCGGGCUCCCGCUGACGGCCUUCUCCGUGCAGUGGAAGGAGAAUAUACAGCCAGAUUGGAACUUUGCCCACAAUCGCACCUGGUCCCCGGACAGUCCGUACAUCGUGGAGGGUUUGCGGCCGCAGACCGCUUACUCGUUCCGGUUCGCGGCACGCAAUGUCGUCGGAUUGGGCCAGUGGGGAGCUCAGGUGGAGCAGUCGACACCGCGCCGAUCCGAACCGGAAACACCCCGGAUCCUGCACACACCCAUUCAGGACGAGGAGGAAGGUAACGAUCCAAUCGUGACCUCGCCGUACGCCGAUCACUUCGAUAUGCGAUGGAGCAUACCGGUCGACAAUGGUGAACCGAUCGACAUGUACCGCAUCAAGUACUGCCCGGGCACGAAGGUGAACGGCUACUGGACCGAAAUGGAGGAGCACUGCAUCGAGCAGGACAUCGCGCGCAUGACCAACUACGAGAUGCGAAACCUGCAGGCGGACACCUACUACCGGAUAGAGCUGACGGCGCACAAUGCGAUCGGUUUCUCGAAAGCGGCCCACGUACUCAUGAAGACCGCCCGAGGAAUUGACGUGGUUCUACGCGUGGACAGCCCUACCUUGUCGUCGGCGGCCGUGGUCGGAAUCGUUAUCGGAUCCGUGAUUCUUCUGCUACUCAUCGCUGACCUGCUCUGCUGUGCGUUCGGGAAUCUGGGCUUCUUCGCAACACUCUGCCGCAAGACGAAGCGUUCCCCGUCCGAUCUGGACGACGAAGCGAAACUCGGAAGUCUAUACGGUUGGCGUUUUCCGCUACCCUAUUGCAGUGGCAGCCUGAUCAAGGAGCGUCCGCCGUCGCCGUUGCCGCUGCCGCCGCCGAUCGUGAAGCUGGGCGCCACCACGCCACUGGAAGACGAAAAGCAACCCCUCAACACCCAACCGGGAGCGGCCACCCCCGUCAAAGUGAACACGUCCGUCGAGUACGAUGGGCGCGUUGUCCACUCGCGGAGUGGUGAAAUUAUUGGCAAGAACUCGGCCGUGUAA